AAAGCACAUUGCGUUAAUUCCCCUCUCUCUAUCUCUCUCAAAGAAAAUUGAGUCCAAUAUUUUCACAAAUUAGAAAGAGAAAUUCUCCUCUUGAAAUUCUGAAAUACGCAGUUACAGUUUUUUCUAUCACUCUACAAUUUCUUUUUAGUUCCUGCAAUUCGUGGGUGUAUUCAUACGUAUAGCAGUUUGAAUCAGGGUUAGGGUUAUUGAGCAGUAAAUUUUGGGGAGUAGCUGCACGAUGUACGCUGACAGAGUGGAGGCUCAGGCUAAUAGGUCGAUUAAGGAGCGUCUUAACGGUAAUUCAGCCGUCGAUUCCGGUCGGAGGAGGCCUAUCUCCGGCAAGAGACGGAGGGAAGAUGAUGAAAAAUGGCAACAUGAUCUUUUUGAGGGCAAUGAACCUCAAAUCUCAAAUCGCAGAGUUGGCGUAAAGGAUUUGCGUCUGAAGCUUCAAAGGAAGAGUAUUGAACAAGCGACACAAAACGUAAGGGGCUCUGUUUCUGGAGGUGCAAGAGAUCUGCGCGAGAAGCUCUCUGGAACACAGUACUCUCGUCCUAUGGAGUCUGAGCCUCCGCCCUUGAGGCCUAAGUCUGCACCUGAAGCCAGUAAACCUCCUAGAAAUAGUGUCAUAGCUGAAGCUCCUGAACGAGAAGCAAAGAAGCUUGCUAGCACUGUAACCAAGAAAAAGACUCAAGAGGAGGUCGAAUCCGUGAAUAGUUUCCUGCAGUCCCUGGGUCUUGAGAAAUAUCUGAUUACAUUUCAGGCUGAAGAAGUUGAUAUGACAGCCUUAAUACACAUGGGUGAUGAAGAUCUUAAAGCCUUGGGAAUUCCAAUGGGUCCAAGAAAGAAGAUACUUCUGGCGCUGGAAUCAAAAGUUUAAUAGGUGAGCGCGUAGGGCAUUUCUCCUUGGAGAAUCGGAGCAUAUAUAUAUUGUUGAUCAUUCCCCAGACUCAGCAGGAUUAAUUUUGGAUCGUAUAGCUUUUCUGGGGUAGUUUCAAGUUGUUGAACAGCAGAAAAUAGCUUCAAUGAGCUUAUCAUGGGUUGUAAUCCGAACAUAGGUCGGUGGACGGUUGAAGGGCUUUAGGAUCUGCUUUCAUGAAUCUGUUGCUUUAUCUUGUCAACUUGUUUUCUAUAUUCAUCCUAAAGCAGGUCUUGAGUGUGUACCUGAAUUACUCUUUGUCUGCUCAGAUUGAAGAUUUUGGUAAUGGUAGUGGUAGUGGUGUGAUAAAUCAGUAAUGCGACAAACGCUCUAUCAUUUCAUUGAAAGUGUUUGGUGGGAGCACUUGCAACUGUGCUGCUUCAGUUAUAUUUAUUUAUAUA